UGCUGUGACUGAGUGUGUGUCAGUUCUGCUUUUGGUCUUGUUUCUGGUUAAUAAGGAAGCUGCCAGGGUUAUAAUCCCAGAACUUGUCUUCUGAACAGCCAUGGGACGCCGAGGCUUUGCAUCUCCUCCAGAGAUUCCAGUCCAGGCCGGCUGCCUGUGGCUUCUUCAGCGUUUCCAAACCACGCCGGCUCCAGGGUCGCAAAGGCAGACUGUUGGAUUUCACUGGACAGUUAAGCUUUGCAAAUGUAAUCUCAGUCCUGUAACUUGUAUUGCCUUUGAUUUGCCUUUGUUUAUAUUUUUUUUUACAGCCAGCUGGGGCCGAAAGCAGUUUUUCUUUAUACUUAGGAUGGUCUGCGUUGAGUUUUAACCUUGAACGCAGAGCAACUUUUUUUUUAUUUUUGGGCCAAGCUGAAUUUUAAUUUAACCCUUCUGGUCCUAGAACCUGCAGUGUUUUUCCUCCUUGGACUGUUCUGGUUUCUACCACCAGCAAGUGCCCAGAGGACAAACACAACUGGCACAUGUCAGACUGAGACUCUAGGAAGAGAAUUCAUCACCUCCUACAUGGACGACUGUGGGAACUCUAAUCAAUUUGAAGUGCAAAUUACUGGCUACUUUGCCUUCACUUCAGUGUCUGUUUCCAUCUCCAAUAACCAGUUUGAUAAGAAGAUUAUGGUAAAUUGGGGAGAGAUGGUGCGGGUCAGCCUACCAGAGUCAGUUGGAAUUAAGGGCACUACCAAUUUCUCCAAUGUGGUCCUAGUCAAGGCUGACAAAGAUAUCUCAGUAGUGUCCGUCAGCAACAAACAUGUGAGCCCUGAGACCACUGUGCUGUAUCCUGUCUCCAGCUUGGGAAAUGAACACUACAUAGUGACUCCCUCUACAGAAUCCUUAGAUAGUUACCCAGAGUUCUCUGUUAUGACAUACCAAGAGCCCAACUCCGUGGAGGUCCAUGUGAAAGGCAAGUUACAUUACCUAAUACAGGACAACUCCACUGGCUCCAGACUGACAAUUAAACUCCACGCUUUCCAAGGCAUCCAGUUUCAAGGCAUAGGAGAUCUGUCUGGCACCAGGAUUGUCUCAGAAAAGCCAGUGGCCAUCUUGGUUGGCCAGAGGUGUUUUUGUAAUAACACUAAAUGCAACCAUGUCUUUGAGCAGCUCCUACCAGUUUGCAGCUGGGGUACAAAAUACAUCGUUCCUCCCUUACCCAGGCAGAAAGUAGAUGAAAUAGUCUACAUCACUGCUUCCCGGAACACAACUGUGUUGUAUCAACUAGGGGAACAGGCAGAGACUGUUACUCUAGCAGGAGGCAGUGUACUCCAGCGUCCUGUCAAGCCCUGGAUCCCAGUCUACAUCUCUGCUAAUGUGGGCAUCCAGGUGGUGUUCUACAGCGUGGGUGCACCUCUCCCUAAUUCCUCCCACGCCUUUCUGAUGAAUGUUCCAGAUGUUGCCAGUUACUGCCAGAUGUAUUCUAUAAAUGCCCAGGAGGGCUUCGAGAACUUUGCCUUGAUGGUGGCCAAUACAUCAGAGACUGGCGCCAUCAUCCUAGACAAUCAGCCUGUAAGGGAUGUGGUGUGGAACCGAGUCCCUGGCUCUGAGUUCGUUUGGAGCAUGCAUACGCUUGCACCUGCCAUCAGAUCCCAUGCUGUGGAACAUCCCAGCUCUCCAUUUGCGCUCCUGAGUGUUGGCACUGCCGCCAUGGACAGCUAUGGGAUUCCGGGUUCCUGCAGGAAGAAUGUUACCUUUAAAUGCCAGACUGAGACUCCACAGAUACAAGAGCAGUUGAAGAUGUGCAAAGAUGUCUUUCUGAAGGGCAACAACAGUGAAUUUUGCUCCUUCGUGAAUUUAACCAUAGUGAAUUUGGAGACCAUGUGUGCCCAGGACAGAGCAGUAUCAUUGGAGGAAGUUGCUGGCCCCUUUGGUUCCUUCCUGAAUAGCUCCACCCUCAGUGCUGGUGGGAACGAGAGCAAGAGGGAGGUGGCCGCCGCCGUGACGUUCCUCCUGCAGAGUGUGGAAUUGGCUGCACUGACGGCUGCUUUGAAGUCUCCAGGGAUGAAGACCCAGAACGUGACAACAGAGUCUAUGGCUAUCGAGACGCUCCUCGUUGUCCCGGCUGCAGGUCCCUGUGAUGAGGUCUUCAGACUGAGAGCUCUGAAUGAGACAAUGGACAUUCACUGCGAUACGGUCACCAAAGCAGCCACAGAAGAUUCUUGGGCUGUUGCUUUUAUUUCUUACUUCACCCUGGACUCCAUCAUUGACAAGAGAUUUCUCAACGAGGGAGAUCUAAUGGCUGAUGAGAAAUUGAGAAAUUUUCACCUGAAUUCCAGGGUGGUGAGUGGGGCUGUCGGAGAUGGGAGGCUCAUGAACCUCUCCAAACCUGUGAACUUCACCCUGCGCCAUAGACAGGCAAAGAAAGAAGAGGAAGAGGCUCUCUGCGUUCACUGGAAAUUCAUAGCUGGGAGAGGCUUCUGGGCUGAGGAUGGCUGCACCGUUCUCCACACGAACAGCACUCACACCAUCUGCAGCUGUGACCAUCUCUCCAGCUUUGCGCUUCUUAUGGGUCUCACCAGAGUGGAGGACAGUGACCCUCUGACCAUCAUCACCUAUGUGGGACUGACCCUUUCCCUGCUGUGCCUCCUCCUCGCCAUCCUCACCUUCCUCCUGUGCCGCUCCAUCCGCAACGUCAGCACCUCCAUCCACCUGCAGCUCUGCCUCUGCCUCUUCCUGGCCAACCUGCUCUUCCUCACCGCAGUGACCCGCACCAGCAUUCAGGUGGUGUGUGCUGUCAUUGCUGGCUUCCUACACUACCUCUUCCUGGCCUGCUUCACCUGGAUGUUCCUGGAGGGGCUACACCUCUUCCUCACCGUCAGGAACCUGAAGGUCGUGAAUUACACCAGCACUAGCUGGUUCAAGAAGAGAUUCAUGUACCCGUUCGGCUACGGAUUCCCAGCCCUGGUGGUGGUUAUUUCGGCAGCGCUGAAUCCUGAUGGCUACGGAACUUCCAAACACUGCUGGCUAAGCCUGGACAGAGGCUUUCGUUGGAGCUUCCUGGGUCCAGUCUGUGCCAUAAUCCUGAUAAAUUUAACAUUUUUUCUUGUAACCCUCUGGAUCCUGAGAGACAAACUCUCCUCCCUUAAUGAAGAUGUGUCCACUCUCAAAGACACCAGACUACUGACUUUUAAAGCUAUCGCCCAGCUAUUCAUUCUGGGCUGCACAUGGAGUCUUGGUCUCUUCCAAGUUGGCUCAGCAAAAAUGGUCAUGGCGUAUUUAUUCACCAUUGUCAACAGCCUGCAGGGAGUCUUCAUCUUCCUGGUGCACUGUCUCCUCAAUCGCCAGGUGAGAGAAGAGUACAGGAGAUGGAUUAAAGGCACAAGAAAACCCAGCCCCCCAACCCAAACGUUUAGUCUGUCCGUGUCCACUGUCACAACCAGCCCCAAGAUGGCUCCAUGCAUCACUGGCUGUGGAAUGGGCUGGGAAGGUGCAGAUGGGCCAUCCCCAACAAAGAGUUAGCAUUGCAUGGAAUUUCCUCUGGCUCCAUUACCUCUACUGGGAAAGGAUCCAGAAGUUUUGUCUGGAGGGAAAGUGGAGUCUUAUGUCUGGAUAAAUCUCCCUGCUCCAGUCCCAGCAUGAGAGGCCACAAUCUUUGUCUGGAAGUGAACAUUUCUGGUUUAUUUAGAGCAGCCUAUAUUGACUGCUCCUUUAUGGCUUACCUGUGCGUAUGUGGGGGAAGGGAGCGGGCUUUGUCUACACUUGUUAAGUUAUUUUCCUGCAAGUGAUGUCACCUCAGUGGAGGCUGGCUGAAUUUUACAGAGUCUGCACUAUUCCUGAAUGAGGACCCAGUCCUGAUCCCAUUGACGUUGACUGGAGUUUUCCCAUGGGAUUGGCACUCAAUGUAUAUUUGUUUUGCUGGCAGAUGAGUUGGGGAGAGCCCUCCACUUCAUCUCUGUGAAACAAUCACCUCAUGUGCUAU